ACAACCUCAACAGCAACAACAGCAACCAUCACCGAGUGCGAGCCACCCAGAGAUCUAUGAAAGACGGUGACUAACACAGACCACCACCCCGCAGAUAUCCCACCAAAAGAUAUUGCCCAACGGCCUGACGAUACCAACAGACAGCUUGCACCGGUCAUGCUCACCCCAGAAGACCGCGAACGCAGCCGCUCGAACCAGCGCCAAGCCCCGGCAGAAGACAAGGGUAAACAACGUGCACCAGCAGAACUCCUCUCUGAGGACCGCGCCAAGCGAAGCCCAAACCCAGUAGAUGACCGCGGAAAUCAACGUGCACCAGAGUUCCUCUCUGAGGACCGCGCCAAGCGGAGCCCGAACCCAGUAGAUGACCGCGGAAAUCAACGUGCACCAGAGUUCCUCUCUGAGGACCGCGCCAGGCGGAGCCCGUACCCAGUAGAUGACCGUGGAAAACAACGCGCACCAGCAGAGCUCCUCUCUGAGGACCGCACCAGGCGGAGCCCAAACCCAGUAGAUGAUCGCGAAAAACAACGUGUACCAGCUGAGCUCCUCCCCGAAGACCGUGACCGCGCGAGACUGCGCCCACCCACUACAGAAGACCGCAGCAGACAACGCGGCCCCGCAGAGGUCCAGCAAGCCCAACAAUACAACGAGCGUUCCCCUCUCUUCACGCCCCCUCAGUCGGUAUACGGAGGUGCAGGGUCAAGCCGCGGGCAUGAGGACAUAUAGUCGCCGCCAGCCCUCGCCCGCCGACUCAGAUGACAUUGUCAUGGUAGAUAACCGCGCAGAGUCCCAGCCCAAAUCAAGCUUUUGGGCGCGCAUCACAGGUGGUGUAAAAGACAAA